AUGGGGGAAAAAGAAGAUAGAUUCCGUAUCAUCAUUGUGGGGGGUUCUGUCGCAGGUCUUACUCUUGCCCACUGCCUUUGGAGAAACAAGAUUGACUUCAUCAUCCUGGAAGCCAAUGGGGAGAUCGCCCCUCAAGCCGGUGCAUCUAUUGGAAUCCUUCCCAAUGGUGCUCGCAUUCUCGACCAGCUUGGACUUUUUGAUGAUGUGCUCGAUGCCGUUGAGCCUCUGCGACAUUCUUCAUUUUGGGCGGGUUCUGGUAGCCAUAUCAUGAGCUCUGAUGCGCCAAAGAUAAUGGCAGAAAGACACGGAUAUCCGAUUAACUUUCUCGAUCGCCGGACUCUCCUAGAGAUUCUCUCUUCAAAUCUGAACGGUUGUCAUGGGAAAUUAUUUUUGACAAAAAGAGUUACCCAGAUGGAGCACUUUAAAACACAUGUAGUAGCUCACUGCCAAGAUGGAUCUACUUAUCAGGGCGAUUUGAUCGUUGGAGCUGAUGGUAUUCGGAGCGUUGUGAGGCAGCAGAUGUGGAAUUAUAUGAUAUCUCAAGGUCUUUCCAAAGAAGUGGAAAGCGAAGGAACAGGUCAGUAUCCAAUAACCUUGGCGGCACGAAAUACCCAAUUUGCUGCUGAAUUCUCGCUUUCUCCUCUUCAAAUUACGGUUACUAAAUUUCCGAAAGCCAUGACCUCGGAGUACGAUUGCGUUUUUGGUAUUUCACCUGAAACGACCGGACUUAUCCCUGGCCAUACUCACCGAACAUUCGGCAAAGAUUACUCAUUUUUGACUAUUUCAAGCAAAAACGGUCGCGUAUACUGGUUCUUCUUCACAAAAUUGGACCGCAGAUACGGUAGCCAUGAAAUCCCUCGUUUCGAAAAGCAGGAUAUAGACAAACACGUCGCACCCUUCUUGCAUAAACCACUAAGUGGGACUGUGUCUUUCAAGAAAGUCUACGAAAGGGCCCUUGUAAAAACGCAUCUUGCAUUGGAAGAGGCCAGCUACAAGCACUGGCACAAGGGCCGCUUUGUUUGUAUAGGUGAUUCGAUACACAAGAUGACGCCCAACGCAGGCCAGGGUGGGAACAGCGCAAUCGAAAGUGCUGCUACACUGUCUAAUCAUCUUUCAAAUCUACUUCAGCAAAAGUCCUGCCCCGAAGCAGAGGAUAUCAACAAUUGCCUUCAAUCAUGGCAGAAGUCUCAUCGCCCACGAGCCACAAAGAUCUCCAAUUCUGCGAAUGAACUUACUCGACUUGAGGCCGGUGCAACUUUCAAAGACAGCAUCCUUGGGUUGUAUCUCCUGCCUUAUUUGCAAUCCUUUUUAAUUGACAAAUUUUCUGCACAAAUAGUUGGCGCAGCGAGACUCGACUGUGUGGGCUUGCCAGAAAGAUCCCUGCAUGCAACUAUGCCUUACAAGGAUGAAACAAAAGCUAUACAUCAGUCAGACCUCUCGAAGAGAAGUUUGCUGUGCAUUCCACUCCUGGGGUGCUUUGGAGCUGCCCGUGCCGUAAUGGCCCCUUUGAUCAGUAAAGUCAGACCAUUCAUGGUUCCUUUUUUUGUUGGCGGCUCUUGGACUUCGGGCACUGGAGAGACAGUUGACUUGCGCGGACCUAUCUACCGCAUUCCAUUUAUGGACAAACUUUUCAAGCCACUGAUCUUUUGCUUCCUUCCUUCUAUUACGGGAACGGAUCCAGUAUCGUGCAUCCAAAUGCGGUCCUUUAUAACAGACCUGGGCCCAGUCUUCGGUAUAUGGAUGCUGGAGAGCUACCGCAAUUGUCAUUCCCCCAGCGUCUCGCUGCUGCAUUGGCAUUUGGGCUCCCAUUUAUUAUACCCUGGAGUACCUCCAUGCUCCACUGGGGAGUCUCUUAUCUGGGGUCAUGAGAUCGCAGCUCAACAUACUAUUUCUCUUCUGCUUGCACUCCUCGGUGGACUCUAUCUACCGAUAUAUUUGAACUUCACAUCCGCGACCGUUGAAUCCCGCCGGUUUUGGAAUGCGGUUUGGCAGCCAUUCCCUGUUAUCGUGCCGACGAUCGCCAGGGUCAUUCGUCUACUGAGCAACCCGGUUUCCAAGGCUCAAAACUCAGCAGAUUCGGCCAAAUCAAGGAUGAACCCUAGCAAGAUAAAUAUGUUCUGGAUCCGGGCUGCGUAUAUUGGCUUUGCUGCUAUUUCCGGCUUCACCUGGAUCCACUCCAUCUGUUCCGCGCCAGCUAAUAGCUCAUUGCUGUCCAUUUUCUGGCCAGGCUUGGAUGGGCAUUUGCGUCCCGUUGCUUCUUUCAUGGAUGGCAUAGCGCGAUUUCUGCAAUAUGAUCAAAUUUUUGCAAUGGGCAGUGGCUUCGUUUGGCUUGCAUUGAGACUUCAUGAACUCGGUCAGUCUGGGGCUACAUUUUCUUGGCUGAAGGUCGCUGGUUCAUUCAUCGGAGCCACGGCGGCCCUGGGACCAGGAGCGGCAUUUUCUCUUGGGUGGGGCUGGAAAGAGGAAUUUAUCCACAAAAUGGCUUCUCUUUGA